UGAUAGAUAAAAAAAAAAUUGGUGCACAUACUCAGUAUAUAAAGGGGUCAUAUCAUAUGUCCAGAGUAGAAACUUGCAAACCAUAAUCUUUUGAUCUUGCAAGCCUCUAACUGAGGUCCUCUCCCUUCUUUUGCUACAGCUUAAUUAUAUGUCACUUGCUUCCUUUUUUAGCUUUGCCACUUCAAACAUGGCUAAGGGUGGGAUUGCAAGAGCAAAGAUGAUGAUCCUUAGGGAAGCUAAUCGAGUUCAUCAUCGACUUAAUAGUCUUCCAGCAACAUCGCAACAUGAUUAUGAUUAUAGUAAUAAUCAUAAUAAUCAACUGAAAAAAUCAUCAAGGAAUUCAAUCGAUGAAGGAAAAACUGACAACUCAUCAUGCUGGAUACCGGACCCUCGUACCGGAAUAUAUGUUCCGAAAGGGCAAGAAUGGAUGAUGGAUAAUGUAGCAGAAGGUGCAGCUUCUUUAAAUCAGACUUGUUGGCUGAGGAAUGUUGAUGGUGUUGAUAAGCCAGACCCUGAUGUUUUUUCUGAACCUUAAUAACUAAUUUGCGUUCAAAGACCAUAUAUUUUGUUGUUUACUUAUCUAUUUGUAUGAAAGCUAUAUAUAUAUAUAAAUAUUGAAUAUAUUUGCUUAUUUUCAAA